AUUAGUGAUUUCCUUUGAACUUAUGUGAUUAUAAAAGCCCACUUUACGCUUCAUAAAAUGUCAUCUUGUUUUCAUACCAUCAAACAAAAAAAAUAGACCAGUAGUAUCCAUCAACAUGAAAAUAGUUAUUUGUCUUCUCCUAUCCUUGGCUCUUAUUGUGCCAUCGCAUGCUAUUUCAUGCAGAACAGAGCCAGAAAGAUGCGGAGAAGGAGAAUGCUGCGUUGAAUUUGGAAUCUUCGGAAUGUGCAGGCCACUUUUGAAAGAGGGUGAAAAGUGUGAACUGAAACAGCUGGUAUCUUCAUUUAACAAACACGUUUAUUUAUUGAAAUGCCCAUGCGCAGAAGGUCUGACUUGCGAAGAAGAUGACAGUGGAUCUGCAAAAUGUAGAAGUUAAAGUUCAAUCGUUGACUCUACUCGGACAGUGCGUUGCAAAGUGAAGAAAUGAAGAUAGUAUAAAAAUGAAUAAACUGAAUGUAGCACCUGCACCAAUGUACUGUAACUGAAAAUGUUCCAUUACUUCACACUUUUAUACUAUGUAUGAAAUGCUCAUAAAAAUAUUAAAAGAAAUUUUCUCUGAAA